UCCCACCAUAUAUAAAAGAGAGAAGAGAAGAAAGAUGCCAAAUUCUGUAACUACUUUUUGAAUCCGUUAGAUUUACGCGGGUUUUAUUCAGAUCGUCGAUUUACACACACACACACUCUCACGCAAUCUGUUAUACAAAUAAUUGGUGAUCAGCAGGUGGACCGGUUAAGGAUCCAUGGCGGCUGCUAUGGCUGGUUUAUAUAGGAGAGUUCUUCCAUCACCACCUGCCAUUGACUUUUCUUCCUCUCAUGGCAAGCAAUUGUUCAUGGAAGCUAUUGAUGGUGGAACCAUGGAAGGUUUCUUUAAGCUGAUCUCUUACUUUCAGACACAAUCCGAACCUGCAUACUGUGGAUUGGCUACAUUAGCCAUGGUCUUGAAUGCACUUUCUAUUGAUCCCGGGAGAAAAUGGAAAGGUCCAUGGAGGUGGUUUGAUGAAACUAUGCUUGAUUGCUGUGAGCCAUUAGAAAAGGUAAAGGCUGAAGGAAUUUCGUUUGGGAAGGUUGUGUGCUUGGCUCAUUGUGCUGGAGCAAAAGUUGAAGCUUUUCGGACAAAUCAGAGCAAUAUUAAUGAAUUUCGAAAGCAUGUCAUUGCAUGUACCAGUUCUGAAGAUUGUCACCUGAUCUCAUCGUAUAACCGAGGCACAUUCAAACAGACGGGUAGUGGGCACUUUUCACCUAUUGGUGGUUAUCAUGCUGGAAAGGACAUGGUUUUAAUUCUGGACGUUGCACGUUUUAAGUAUCCACCUCAUUGGGUUCCACUUACACUCCUGUGGGAAGCCAUGGAUACCAUUGAUGAUGCUAGUGGAUUUCGUAGAGGAUUCAUGCUAAUAUCCAGGCUUCACCGUUCACCAGCACUACUUUACACCCUGAGCUGUAAGCAUGAGAGCUGGGCCAACAUUGCAAAGUAUUUGCUUGAAGAUGUGCCAACUUUGUUAAGUUCAAAGAAUGUGAAAGAUGUGAAGGAUGUUUUCUCCAUCAUUUUCAGUUCUUUCCCAUCAAAGUUUCUUGAAUUUAUCAAGUGGGUUGCAGAAGUUAGACGUCAAGAAGAUGGUGGCCAAGAUCUAAGUUUAGAAGAAAAGCAAAGAAUUGCUAUCAAGGAAGAGAUUCUGAAACAAGUACAAGAGACUCCUCUAUAUAAAAACGUGACAGAAUUGCUGUUUCUUGGAAAAUCAUGUUCAUGUAAAGAUUCUUGUUUGACCGAUAUUGCAAAAAGUGUCUGUUGCCAAGGUGCAAGAUUGUUAGAAAGAGUUAGUGAAUCUUCCUCUGCGAAUGGAUUUUGCUGCCGAGAAACAUGUGUAAACUAUCUUAAAAGCAACGGAGACACUCCCGUUACAGUAGUCUCAGGGACAGUGACUAAUGGCAUUGGCAUCCAACAGGUGGAUGUUAUUGUCCCUUCAUCUGGAUUAAGUGGUUGCGUCGGGAUGCACCCAACAAGUAAUGAUGUUCUCACGGUACUUUUACUGGCGUUGCCUCCACAAACGUGGUUUGGUAUCAAAGAUGAGAACCUUUUGCAGGACAUUAAUACCCUUGUAUCAAUAGAUAAUAUUCCCGUUCUGCUUCAAGAAGAGAUUAUGCACCUGCGUGGUCAACUUUAUAUUCUCAAGCGAUGCAAGGAUGAUGAGAUAGAGGGAGACUUCAGCGCACCACUCUUGUCUCACUGUGCUUCAUAAAUGCACCAUCUCCAUCCAGUAUCUUGUUAUACAUUGUUAAUACAUUGAUGAACCACACCCUUCAUUAAAUAAGCUCGGGCUACCUAAAGAACAUACAUUUUCGUGUAUGUUAUGUAACGAUAAUUUAAAAACUCUACGCUCUCUGAGAUUUAUAGAAACAUUAUUUAUAUUCUUUUUUUUUUA